GAAACAAGCGCCGUCUCCAAUGCAAAGGGCGACGUGGAGACAGCAACCCUUAUUCUCAACCUCACAACCACCUAUUGUUCAAUGUCUCUGGCGCAGUCCAACACUCGCGCAGGGCCACAGGCCUUCGAGGCACAACAACGGCGUCUGGACNUUCGAGAAGCUCAUAAGUCUCUGUGUAGCGCGAGCGUGAAACAGGCCUGUCCCAAAGGCAUCUACCUCACACCCACACCGCGCGAUCCACACGUCUGGCAGGGUGUGCUGUUCAUCCGCAAAGGUAGGNGCCCCUAUACACCCGCAAUCCUCAAGUUCUCCCUGCUCCUUGCCGCCGACAAGCCUCCCACCAUCACCUUCUCGACCGACAUCUUCCACCCCUUGGUUACUCCUCUGACGACAUACACCUACACCACGAGCGACACAGGCGCUGAUACCGUUCAUGCCACCGAUGACGAGCGUCUGCCUCCCGGCGGCUUCAGCUUGCGACACGGCUUUCCUCAGUGGUUUGGACGCAACAAGCCGAAGCCUACGUCGCAGGUUGGCUCAAGCGAAGAGAUAGCAUCGACGUCAGAGCGAUCGCAGUCGUCGUACGGUCCUCUCGCCAUUGUGCAGAUCUUGUUCUACAUGCGCAGUACCUUCGACACAGCCGAGGUGCUCGACAAAGUGCCGCUCGAAGCGGCAGGCAACCCAGGUGCAUGGCACGCAUGGCAGACUCACAGAGCGCGAGUCAUUGGCGCUACACCCNCCUCUGCGACACCAGAGGAUGGAAAGAGCCCCGCGUCCCCCACCCUACGUCAACAGCCAGGUGGUGCUCGAAGACCUGGCCAAUGGAACUGGGAGGGCGUCUGGGAAGAGAGAGUCAAANAAGGUGUUCAAGCGAGUGUAUCACAGCACACCCUGUUCGGUGGAAUGGGCUCCAAUGACGAUCUAGUAGGCUACAUCCUUGUUGAAUGA